GUCCAGACACCUCCAGCCUUAGCUUUCCGCCUCUUAUCCUUCUCACCACAUUUCGUCGACUGCUAUAAGCCUCAUCCACUUGGAGAAAGCGUUCCUAGUAGCUCCACCGAUUACAACAGACAAUAGCAACUACAGUCUUCAUACAGGAGUUUUCGGGCCUUGGUCUAUCGUCUACCUUGAUCGUCAGCAGUGCGAUUAUCGGUCUUGCUCGGUCUUGCUCCUCGGGGUACUUCAACAUUCACCGGCAUCCCCCUACCCCCGCAUCAGCUUCCACUCUGUACUCAACAACAGAAAACAGAACAUUGAAUUCAUUCAAGCUACUCACAUCAAGUCUGAGGCUCGCCUUUAAACACCGACAAGAUGGCUUCAAAGGAUGAUAAGGCGUUCAAGUAUCGCCAGGAGAUCAGCCAGAUGAUGUAUGUCUCUGGUGAGACCGCCGAACCGUCGAUUGAGACUACUAGCAUGAUUGAGGACAUUGUGCGCCAGCAAGUUAUUGAGCUGCUUCGAAACUGCACUGAGCUCGCAGCUCGCCGCGGCGCGCGAGCCAUCACGAUUAAUGACCUGAUCUUCCAAAUUCGCCAUGAUCAAGCCAAAGUUUCUCGUCUGCGUACAUUCUUGUCAUGGAAAGAUGUCAGAAAGAACGUGAAGGACUCCGACGACAAGGGAGGUGAAGCGGAUCUGGGUGCUGGCGAAGAUCCCAGCGGUGGUGUGGUCCCUGGUGGCCCUGUCGACGAUGCGACCAAGAAGAACAAAAAGGCCAAGGUUGGCCUGCCCUGGGAGCCUUCCUCAUUCUACAGUCAAGAAGUCCCUGAACGUGAUGACGAGGAAGAUGAAGAAGAGGAAGAGAUGAACUUCAUCACCCUUCAACGUCUCCGCAAGGCCGACGAGCGCACUAAGGCCAUGACGAAGGAGGAGUACGUGACAUGGUCCGAAUACCGUCAAGCCUCGUUCACGUACCGCAAGGGCAAAAGAUUCAGAGAAUGGGCCGGGUUUGGUAUUGUCACAGACAGCAAACCUUCCGACGAUAUUGUCGAUAUCUUGGGUUUCUUGACCUUCGAGAUGGUCCAGACCCUUACCGAGCACGCACUCAAGGUCAAGGAGCAAGAGGAUCUGUUCAAGGCGCAGAGCGGCGGUGAGAACGCAGGAUCAAAGAAGCGCAAGGUGACCACUGGUCUCUUCGACCCACCUAGCGAGGGGAGAAGUCCCAUCGAGCCUCGUCACGUUCAAGAAGCCUUCAGACGCCUUCAGCAGCGACCCAAAAAGACUCGAGCCAUGCUCAACGGUACGAGGCUUCCGCAGCACACCGCGCUCAACAUUUUCUGAGCCCCAUUCCUCGAGCGUACGAGCUGCUGGUUUUGUGGCUGCGUCAAUCCAACUACAACUUCACCUUUGGAACAAUGUAACGAUACCCACGCAUGGACAGGUGGACUUGGCGCUUUUGUUUUGUGAAUUUUGUUUUUACUUAUGGGCGUUACAAGGCAAGGUUUACAUCGGAUGGAUAAGGUAGUCACCUCAGUGGCUCGACGAAGAGAUCAGUUGACGAGUGCAGUUCUUCUCUUGCUGAUGACUGUGACCUGUAGGCUUGACAAGGAACUGUAAUCACGCUUUUCGUAAGGCAUACAUCAUGAGCAAAUGAAUCUACUUUGAGAAGAUGGGCAAGUAGCGAGGACUGAGUAGUACGUCAG